AUGGCGCGUAUAGGCUCUCAGAAAGUCAAGACAGGUUGCCUAACAUGCAAAUCCAGAAAGGUCAAGUGCGAUGAGGCGUGGCCCAAAUGCAAGAGAUGCACCUCCACAGGCCGUACAUGCGACGGCUAUCGACCACCCCCAGUGGGCUCUCUCUCCUGGGACGUGCUCCUGCGUCCCCAGCCGCGCAUUCUCGCCUCCGCUGACGGCCGCGAAACCCGCAGCCUAUCCUUCUUCCACCGUGCCGUGGCCCCCGUCAUAUCGGGUCCCUUUGACGGCUCGUUCUGGACCCAUUUCGUCACGCAGGUUGCCCACGCCGAGCCUGCAGCUCGUCAUGCCGUCAUGGCCAUCAGCUCACUCUACGAGAACUUUGACCCCAGCGUAUCCGGGGUAGCAACAAUGGAUACCUUUGCCUUAUUCCACUAUAACCAGGCCAUCAAGAGGCUUGUUGAAGAUCCAUCCCCGGACGUGGAUCUCGUGCUGCUCGUCUGCAUCCUCUUCAUCUGCAUCGAGUUCCUACGCGGUGAUCGUCACACAGCCAUCAACCAUGCCCACCACGGUGUGCAGCUGCUCAAUCAAGCUGGCAAGAGUUCCAAGCUCACAGCAGUGUUUUCUCAAAUGAGCGUCCACUCGGGCACUGAUUUUCCCCACCUCACCACACAUGCCUUUGACAACAACGCCGCCAACCCUUUGUUUCGCAGCUUAAUAGAAGCCCAGCACGCGCUUGAUCUUCUCGGCAUUCGCAUGUUCAGGCUCAUACGCGAAGUGCACCCUUACCGGCUCGGCAUGAAUCCAGCAAGGCCCCCGCAAGAAAUCCUCGACGAGCAAUUCUUCCUUGGCCGUGACAUGACAGCCUGGGGAGACGCAUUUGCAAGAUUUCAGGCAUCACGUUCUCCCGACCGUCGAGAAGAUGUAAUAUCCCUGGCCCUCAAAACUCGGCAGAUGGUUGGUAGGAUCUGGGUUGCAGAGUGUCUCAACAAGGAAGAGAUGGGCUACGACGCGCGCAAGUCUGAAUUCGAAGAGAUUGUGAGGUGUGCGCGCCUCGCGGCCGAGCAAAACGACUCACUUGACCGAGAAGGACUCCCUCGGCCCAAGUUCAUGUUUGACUUGGGAUUCAACCCGAUGCUGCACUUUUUGGUCCUCAAGUGUCGCUACUUUAACCUACGCGUCGAAGCAUUGGCAUUACUGAAGAAACUCUCGUACGCGCGAGAAUCGCUCUGGGAUACGUCUCUGGUGUACGACGUAUCAAAGCGCAUUAUAGAAGUCGAACAUAAUGUCAAACUCCCUACUGACAAGAUUAUCGACGAUGAAACGCUGCCGACAGACUUGGAGAGGUCCCCGGAAGAUAAGGAGACGCUGGCGAGGAGGCCGAUUAAUCUAAUAGUUGCAAAGCCCGGUGGUGGUAUCGAUGUGAGGAGGGACUUUAUCGGCGAGGACGUUUCACACAGCAUAUCGCUAAACCUGACCCUGAUCGGAUUCUAGUUUGGCAGAUAGAAGACAAUACAGAGAUCAUCUCUCUUAGA